UGCGGGGCGGCGUGGAGCCCCACAGAGCCCCGUCGCUAGUGGCCGGUCCUGGUGCGCGCUGGUGGGACUGAGUGGUCUGCGACCAGCAGGCCUCUUAUCCGCGGCCACACCCGCGCCAAUGGGCGACGUAACAGAGGCCUGGCCGUAGAGCAUAGUCCAGAAAGACUACGGGGUGGCUUUGAAGGAUGGACAAGAUUCGAAAGGACAGAAAUGGGUCCUCAAUGUGAGCUUCCAUAGGAGCAAAGAUAAGCAGCAGAACCAGCCUGAUAUUCUGUGGGAAGUGAAGAGAGACAUCACAGCAGUCCAAAUUUAUGCUGUGAAUAAGCAGAUUUUAAAAGCAGUUUCUCUUCAAAUCAUCUUUCAUACCACCUGAUAAGCAUCUUGAUUCACCAUGGCGUUGGCAGCAGUAAAAUGGGCUAUAUCAAGCAGAACUAUCUUGAAACAUUUAUUUCCAAUUCAAAAUGGAGCCUUAUAUUGUGUUUGUCAUAAAACUACGUAUUCUUCUCUUCCAGAUGACUAUAAUUGCAAAGUAGAGCUUGCUUUGACAUCUGAUGGCAGGACAAUAGUAUGCUAUCACCCUUCUGUGGACAUUCCGUAUGAACACACAAAACCUAUCCCUCGGCCAGAUCCUGUGCAGAAUAAUGAAGAAACACAUGAUCUAGUGCUGAAAACCAGAUUAGAAGAAAAAGGUGAAUACUUAGAGCAAGGACCCAUGAUAGAACAACUUAGCAAAAUGUUCUUUACUACUAAGCACCGUUGGUAUCCUCGUGGACAGUAUCAUAGACGUCGUAGGAAACUGAAUCCUCCAAAAGACAGAUGAUAUUGAGGUUUUCAGGAAUCAAAGAGAAAUGUUAUCCUGCGUCUCAUUUGCCAUUUGAGAAAAUACAAAUUGCGUAUAUUCAUUAAUACGUUAUAUAGUAAAAUAAUAAAAUGUCUUCUCAUAUAUUAGAAUGUGUAUUUCUUUAUAUAUAUUAAGUAGUUCUGGAUUUCACAUUCUUAUUUACGGAAGCCUAUUUUUAUUUUCCUUUUGAGUUAUUAAAGUCUACUAUUUAUUUUUAUGCGCCUGGUAUGAUUAAGUACUUUUACAUUAUCAGCCAAAUAGUAGUAUAAAUAUGAUGAAUAAAAACGUGCAUGAUUCUCCUGAAGAGUUUUAAACUGCCUUUGAAAAGAAACUCAUGAGAUCCACACAGAAAAUAGAUGUUACAAUGUUUCCGUUUUUGUGGCUCUAGGAAAUAGUUACAUUUUAAUCAGUUUCUACUACCUGCUAGGUCUUUAGUUUACAUUAUUAUUAAAUUCUCACAAUAAUCCUUUGAAGAAGGUGCAUCAUCCCCAUUUUACAGAUAAGGCUAAGUGACUUGAAGCCUACCUACCUAGCAAGUGGGAGAGCCAGGAUCCAAACUGUCCAGAGCCUUUUUUACAAGGCAUCACUAUGACAAGAGGUGUUUUCUUUCACCCAAGAAUGUGCUUUCCUAGAAAGAAUAUUGUAUUAUUCAUUUUGAGAUUUUUUUUCUGGCUGUCUUAAAAAUUAUGCUUGCUUCAGAGCACAUACAACUCUGUGAUUAAAAUGUUAAUAUUACUAAAGUAGUCUUACAAAGUGUUAAUAGUCUAUUCUGUUGAUUAUCCCUACCAGCUUAUAUAUGAUGCUUAAUAGCAUUGAUGCCCCUGUGAUUUCUAUUUAGGAGGUGAGGAGUCUUUAUUAAGAAGGUGAAAAGGUGCUUUAUUCAAACUUGUGCAAUAUUUGUGAUAUUUUAAAAUUUGGUGUGAAAAAUGAUUUCACAUUCAAAGUCUAUUGCUUAAUCUAGUUCUUUGAAUAGAGGAAGGUGAAGGGUCAAGUGUUGAGUAAAAUGUAAGGAAUAGUGAAUAGGAAAGAGUAAAGAAAAUAAUAAUGGCCACCCUCUAUUACAGAAAGGAAGUGUUUUUAAGUGGUUUAUGCUCUUUUCAUUAAUAUAUUAUUCAUUUGGGGGGAAAGAUCAAAGGAAAAACAAGUCAAUAGAGUUGGAUAAUCAGAAAUAUUAACUGGCUGUGUUUGGUGACAUAGCUUCGAAAAUAGUUUUUUUCUGGUUGAUUUAUAUCCAGAUUUUUACAAAGAUUGAGAUAUGCCAUGUUAUAAAAGUAGGAAGAAUAAAAACUAAAUUAAUUAAAUAACAAAUUUUCUUCUAAGUACAAGGAUCUACUAAAUAGAGAUUGUUCAAUUGUAAGAUGCCCAAACCACACAUUCACAUGUCAGUGCUUUGGAGAAUUAAGUUAGUUCUUGUUGUACUGGAAAUAUAUUACAUUGUAGUUAACAUUGUAGUUCCUGGAAUUUUGGUCUUCAUGAGUUGCUGAAUAAGUACGUAUUUCAUCACCACUAUCACUUCCCCUCUGCUUCUCCACCUCAGAGGAGUAACCUAUUAUCCACUAUCACUAACACUUUGUGAAAGGUCAGUUUGUUUUUUUCAGAAAUUUAAAAAGUACAUAAAGUCUGAUGGUUCUUUAAAUGGAA